AUGCCCCAACCCACCGAGAAGAUGCCAUGUGGGCACACCAAGGGUGGAAGGAACCUCAUUGUCUGUAUCGAUGGUACCUCGAACCAGUUCGGAGACAAGAAUACAAACAUCAUCGAACUGUAUAACCUCAUAUUGAAGGUGGAAAAUGAUCAACAACACACCUGGUACAACAGCGGCAUUGGGACGUACGCUCAACCGUCAUGGAAAUCCUUCAAAUAUUACAAGAAGGUCCUGUGGCACCAGAUCAAUCUGGCGAUCACCUGGGAUUUUGAAAAAACUCUCCUAGGCAGGUACGAGUGGCUGUCGGAGCAUUACAUGCCAGGAGAUUGCAUCUUUCUCUUUGGAUCAGGGUUCUCUCGAGGGGCAUUCCAAGUCCGUGCGCUCUCGGCCAUGAUCGAAAAGAUCCCAUUUGCAUAUGAACUCUACGCGGACGAGACGAGUGACAAGCAGACAGCAAAUGAAGUCGGAUCCGGAGGCAAGGGUCCAAAUACCUCCAAAGCGGCACACUUCAAGAGUGCAUUCUCACGAGAUAAUGUCAAGGUACAUUUUGUCGGUGCCUGGGAUACUGUGUCGUCCAUAGGGAUAACACGCGGGUCACAAAUGCUUCCACUUACAGUUGACGAUACUUUGCUACCGCCAGUUGAUGGAAGGGAGGACAUGAUUGAGCAAGCCCCAGUCAGGCGGAAAUCAGGAAAGACAUCGUUCAAAACCCAACCUCACAUGAAGGAGGUGUGGUUUGCAGGGACGCACUCGGAUAUUGGUGGCAGAAAUGUCCAGAACGAAGGGAUGGACCGUAGCCGGCCUCCAUUGAGAUGGAUGGUAUUUGAAGCGGGAGUCGUAGGCCUGCGUACCGUGCAAUUUAAACGGGAUUUGGUGGCUUCUCAAGGCUUUUCCGUUAAGGCGUUUGACAUUCACAAGGCGACAAGAUGGGAAGCAAACCACCAGAAAGUAGGUCCCUUCCUGACCACUGGCAUCUUCUUUCUGAAGAUCCUCAAUCACAGACCACACUUUGGUUCUAGUCGCAAAGUCCAACCUGGUCAGAAGAUGCACACCUCGCUUGUGCUUGCCAAGGGAGAGAAAGCUGAUGGGUACACCCCCAUUGCGCAUGCCAUCAAUCAACCCGAACUGCGUGAUUGGCUUGAAUUCGACUUGUACGACUACAUGAAGACGGUGGUUGGGGCUCUAAUUGUGGACGGCGAGGCUGCAUUGGAAGGAUUGCGUCAGAUUGCAGUAUCGGCGGAUGGACAGCAAGCUGUCUACGACGCAGUAAUCGACAACUUGAAUUCUGUCCACAUGGCGUUGAUGAGAGACUUGAAGUCCGUGGAAGUUGAUCAUGAGUCACAGACGGAAGAUAUCAAGGAGGCCAGUUUUAAGAAACAAUCUCGUCUCCUGCGCGCUGUGCUACAGAUUCUGGGAGCACGCCCUGAUGGCAGAACGCAGCUCAAGUUGAGCAAGUUGAGCGAAGUCUUUCCGUGGGUUUCUAGCCUGUGGGAUGGAGGGAAGGAAGAGUACCGUGAGAUGGUGCAAGGUUUCAUUGUCAAGUUGACAAAUCCCUGUCUUCAUGUGUUGGAGAAACACGAGCGGCCAGUUUCCUCCAUCGCAUUCUCUCCUGACGGCACAUGCAUCGCCUCAGGCUCUUGGGACAGGAAGAUUUUCAUCUGGGAUGCAGUGACAGGGAUGAUCUUGAAAGGGCCUUUGGAAGGACAUACAGGUCCUGUCAACUCCGUUGCAUUCUCGUCUGAUGACAACUUGAAGUGCAUCGUCUCUGGCUCGGGCGACAAGAUGGUUCGUAUCUGGGAUGCAGAGACCGGGAAGAUGGUGGCAGGGCCGUUCAAAGGACACACAGACGAUGACGAGACGGUCAGGAUCUGGGACGCGGUGACAGGGAAGCCAGUGGGUGAGCUGCUCCGAGGGUGCACAGAUGCGGUCUGGUCUGUCAUGUAUUCACCUGGUGGCAAGCAGGUAGUUUCUGGAUUGGCCAACAACACGGUUCAGAUCUGGGAUGUGGAGACGGGGGAUGCCGUGAGAGAGCCACUCAAAGGACACACAAGCGCGGUCCUCUCUGUCGCGGUCUCAUCUGAUGGCUGCUGA